AUGGGCGUGGAUACGCUCCCAUCCGACACCAACUUCUCCAACCACAUCCUCCGGCUUCGCCUGCGUGCUGCCAUCAACGCGGCGCAAUACCGCCACCGCCUGCCCCUGUCGCUCGAUCGACCUCCUGUAUGCCGUGCCCCAAGCCCAGAAACCGUCAUGAACUCUGGGCUUUUGGCUUCUUCUUCGACCCGGUCGGCGUCCAGGGAUGUCCCUCGCUUGCUGGACAUCGAGAACAGCUUCUUCGGGAUGCAGUUCCCGGGGUACGUCCGCGAGGUCGUCCAGACGCAGCGCAGGAAGAAGGAGGUCCGUCUGAUACAGGGCUGGGUCAACGUUCGCGCCACGGAGGUGGUUCCCGAAUUGGAGAGCUACAACCCAAGAACAUGGCGACCAGUCCCCGUCAUCUCGCUGUUCAGGUACACCAAAAAGGCACUGGAAGACUUGCCCGCACAAGGAGAUGUGGAUUACCUUACGAAGUUGAUGGGAUCGCCGCCCAUCUGGUGGGAGGUACUGGACUGGGACGAGUGA